AUGGAGACCCCGUUGGCUACAGAGCCGCGUUCACUUCAGGUUCGAAAUGGAAAAAGGCACCGUCUGGACGUUUCUAGUCCCCAGUUCGACGACCACCUAAGGCGUGCGAUGCAGUUGAUCGCGGACGAUCGAUCCCUCCCUCCACACUUGAAAGUCAGCCAUCGGAUGAAAAGCGAACUUAAUGAUGUCUUGGAGAGAAACAGGCAGUUGAUGGAGGAGAACAGUCAGGUCAAAGAAAGGAACAGUGAGUUGGAAAACGAAAUAGUCUUAUUGAAAUCUCAAAUUGCUACACUUAAGCAAUCUCUUUCCACUAAUCAAAUGAAAUUAGGGAUCUUUCUUGCCACUAUGACCUAUGACGAUAUUGAACGUAAACGCUCAGAAUGUGUUUCUCCGAUUGCAUCCGUUAGGGUUUCCUAUGAUCUUAAUUGUAUUCGUCGCAUCAACGAUUUCCUCGGAAUAGAUUGCCAGCCGAUUUGCGUUUAUAGAAUGGGGCGCUAUAUAUCUGGUAAACCGCGCCUUCUUAAAGUAGUAUUUCCGUCCUCGUUUUUUUCGUCUUUACUUCUGAAGAGAGCACCUAAACUGAGAUUCUUCUCCGAGAAAGGAAUUUUUGUGAGACGUUCUUUAUCUUUGGCUGAGCGACAAAGCUUAAGAAAUUCAUAG